AUGGGGCCCUACACAAUCCGAGGGUUCCUAACGCUCUCUGUCUCUCACCCCUUACUCACAAAGACCGCUCUCCUCAUCCUCGUCUCCUUAAUAGUCUCCCCAACGACGUCCUCAAGUUCCUCCUCCAACGACUCCUCCCCUGACGACAAUUCCUCCUACUCAAAGCGAGGACUCAUCUACAUCUCCCCAGACUCCUCCGACUACGACGUCCUCACGGAUCCAGCUUCGCCUUUGACGUGGUACUACAACUACAGCCCAUGGCCCUCAUCCAAUCUAACAAGCUGGACCACCAACUUCGCACCCAUGGUGCACGGCACGACCUCUGCCGCCACCGACGUCGACACCAUAAAAGCCGUCCUGAACGGUUCUGCCGGGGUCCCACUGUCAAAUAGCCCCGACCAACCCGGCAACAGCAUCACACAUGUCCUCAGCUUCAACGAGCCCGACGGCGACGAAGAUAGUGGAGGCAGCGACUCCUCCCCACAGCACGCGGCUCAAGUCUACAUCGACACGCUCCUCCCGUUGCGCUCAGAGCCAUGGAACUUGAAACUGUCAUUGCCCGCGACAACGGGUUCGCCUAGGGGACUUGAGUGGUUACGCGACUUCAACGAGUCGUGUCACGAUAUACAGGACAGUGGUUGCGAAUUCGACUUUGUCGCGACGCAUUGGUAUGGAGAUUUUGCAGGCAUGGCGAGCUGGCUCGGCCAGAUCCACGAGCUCUACCCGCAGAAGGAUGUGUGGGUGACGGAGUUUGCGAUCGCGGGGCUGGACGCAUACGAGACAGAGGCGUUUAUGAAUCAGAGUCUGCCGUACUUGGACGGGCUGGACUAUGUGAGUCGGUACGCGUGGUUUGGCACGUUCAGAUCGGACGACGCGAAUGAAUGGACGGGCGACGGGGUAAGUAUGUUGGAUGACGAUGGCGCGCUGACGGCGCUGGGAGCCGAGUAUCUGGGAGGUAAGGCUGAUGGGUUUGAAGAAGGUAUGGGUGGUGGUGCCGCUGGUGUCAGGCACAGCUUUGGAUUACUGGUUGUAAGUCUCAUGACGGCGCUAAUGACGGCGUUUGCAUCAUGA